AUGUUUGGAGAAAAUCACACAGCAGUAUCUGAAUUCAUCUUCCUUGAAUUUGCAGAACAACCAGAAAUGAAAGUUCCUCUUUUCAUGUUUUUCCUCCUGGUCUAUGUUAUCACAAUAGUAGGUAACUUGGGCAUGAUUUUGCUGAUCAGCAUGGACCUUCAGCUUCAUACACCCAUGUACUUUUUCCUCAGCAACUUGGCUUUCAUAGAUUUUUGUUAUUCUUCUACCACUCUUCCCAAGAUUUUGGCAAUUUUCCUAUCAAGAAGGAAAACCAUUUCCUUCACAGGAUGCUUCAUUCAAAUGUAUUUCUUUCUUGCUCUUGCCAGUACUGAGUGCUUUCUUUUGGGGUUGAUGGCAUAUGACCGUUACGUGGCCAUCUGCAAUCCUUUGCUGUAUCCAUCUCUCAUGUCCCAUGCCCAAUGCCUCAAAAUGGCAGGAGGAGCCUUCAUAGCUGGCUUCCUGAAUUCCAUUAUUCAUACCACCCUGAUAGGGACUUUGUCUUUCUGCCAGUCCAAUGAAAUCAAUCAUUUUUUCUGUGAUCUCCCACCACUCCUCAAGCUCUCAUGCUCAGACACUCUUGCCCCUAAAAUAUAUGGUUUCACUGGUGCUGGAACCAUCAUUUUGAUAAAUUUUCUAAUUAUCCUCAUCUCCUACAUAUGCAUCUUUUCAACGGUGCUCAAGGUUAAGUCAUUGGGAGGUCAGCAAAAAGCCAUCUCUACCUGCCUCUCCCAUCUGGUUGUUGUGACCAUGUUUUAUGGAACAGGUUUGUUUGUUUAUUUGCAACCCAGUUCAAACUAUUCUGAACGUCAGCAUAAAAUUAUGGCUGUACUGUAUGCCUUCCUCAUCCCUAUGCUAAAUCCCUUGAUCUACAGCUUGAGGAACAAGGAGGUAAAGGAUGCCCUGAUAAGAGCAAUGAAUAAGAAUGUUUCACAUGUAAGAUAAACAUUUUCAUCUGCAGACUUCAGUGAAUAGGAAUUCAGUUCCAUAAAGUGCCAGGAAUUGUGCCCUAAUUCUGUGGAAUAUUUAAAUGGAUGUUUUGUGUUAAGUGAGACAUUUGAAUGUUCGCUCAGCUGUUUAUUAUUGUCAAGAACCUGAACUAAGCUGAAUUAAAACAAAGUUCUUUAUUAUUUAAAUUGGGGAUAAAGAACAUUUCUGAGGCUAGAAGCCAUUCUUUAAAAUAAUCUCUCAUCUCGAAGAAUAUAAUAAAAUGACACAGUGGUAUUUUAGCCUUUUUUGUUUGUUUUCUUUUGUGUGCAUAUCAUGGAAUUGGGAAGUCUAAUAGUAACCCACCUCCAGUCACAUGUCACAAUGCCAGUUUUUCACCCCAACUCCAGAAGAAAUUUCCAUAUUAGAUGGAAAGGAAGUAGGCAGGAAGAUAGAGAGGGAGAAAAUAAGCAGCAGAAGAAAA